GCUUACAAAUUGCAAUCAGUCGUAAUUUGUCGUAAUUUCAUUUCAUGUGUUCUCGCACAUCUGACCGCGUGAUUCUCAAUUUCUCGCACAUUCUCACAUGCGCCGUUCGACUGCUCUGAUCCAGCGUGCGUUGUGAAACAAUCACAUCAUUAUUGCGUCAUAACUGUCAGAAAACCGCAGGAAACGCGAAAAAACGAGAAUUAAAAGAACAAGAUGUUGGUAGCGAAGAUCUGUCGGGCUGGGGUUUCGCCAGGUUUGGCGUCACUCGUCCGAACUCCGAUCGUCCCGACGACGCCGCAAUUCUCCAAGGGUCAGAUCGCGAGAUUAUUCGUCAGCGAUGGACGUAGCUCUUACACGAGAACUGCAAGGAGGAGAGCCACUGUGGUGGAGCAAGCGACGGCCCCAGCUGGCGAAACAGCAUUUAAUGUUGGGAAAGCAGCAGUCGCUGGAGGAGCACUGAUGGGGUUAGGUGGUCUUUGUUAUUAUGGAUUAGGUCUUUCUUCACAAACGGGUGCCAUAGAUCAUGCACACUUAUGGCCGCAAUACGUUAAAGACAGAGUGAAGUCCACUUACACAUACUUUGGUGCGUCCAUUGCGGCUAGCGCAGCGUCUGCGGCUAUGUGCCUACGUUCUCCUGUUGUAAUGAACAUGAUAAUGCGUCAGGGAUGGGUCGCUAUAGGUGUAUCAUUGGCUGCAAUGAUUGGCAGUGGCAUGAUUGUACAAGGACUUCCAUAUAAGGAAGGAUUCAAUAGCAAACAUAUGGCUUGGCUAGUACAUACUGGAAUUUUGGGCGCCGUUGUAGCACCGUUGACUCUUUUGGGUGGACCAUUGGUUAUUCGAGCUGCUUGGUACACCGCUGGGAUAGUCGGUGGUUUAUCAGCGAUUGCCGUUUGUGCGCCCAGCGACAAGUUUCUGGCAAUGGGCGGUCCGCUUGCUAUUGGUUUAGGCGUAGUGUUUGCCAGCUCGCUUGGUUCUAUGUUCCUUCCACCUACGACUGCUCUUGGAUCCGGAUUAUAUUCUGUAGCUCUUUAUGGCGGUCUCCUACUAUUUUCCGGAUUCUUGCUCUACGACACGCAAAAAAUCAUCAAACAAGCGGAAACUUAUCCAAUGUACAAUAUUCAUGAUAGGCCAUACGAUCCAAUAAAUAAACGAGAAUCAAUCGAUAUGCGGCUCAGGGAGUCGGUCUCAGUGUCGUUGCAUCCCGGAGGACUAAACAACAACCAGCUCCGCAGGCACAGCCCGAGCCGGAACGUCGGGGCCGGCGAGAUCGGUGAUCGCAACGAGAACGCAGCUCAGGAGCCGGUCGCCACUCCUGAACCGGAUUACCCGAACGACGAGUCGGCGGAUUUCCGGCUGGCCGAGGACACCACCACGUGGUCCUCUCUAGCGAUCGCGCGCGACAACGUGCAGCAGAGCAACCCGUCAACGCAGCAACCCAUCAACGUCAACAAUAAUCUCACUGAGCCGAGGAUACGGAGGAACAGCUCCGUCGAAAGCCUCGCCGAUUACGAAGGUACGAUCGAAGAGCAAUCCGCCAACGUAAACAACAAUCUAACCGGGCUGAGGAUACAAAGUAGCAGCUCCAUCGAAAGCCUCACCGGUUACGAAGGGCGUAACUCUCCGCACGAGAACUCGUCGCACGAGUUGACGCCAUCCGAGUGGUCUGAUUGGUCUGAAGAAGGAAAUCUGCCGGCAGGCUGCCGCGGCAUCGUCAAUCCCAAUUAUCCCGGCUUCCAGCAUUUGGCACCUUCUCUACUAUCGGACACAGACCUGACUGAGGACGAACACGAUAGUUAUUCCGAUUACCCGCCACUUCAUCAUCAUGAGAUAGCUCCGUUGCCAGAGAACGACAACGAGUACAAUAACAAUAUCAACGACAGCAUCAAUCAUUUCUGCGGUCAACGCAACGAUCGCAAGAUUUUUUAUGAGAAGCCCAAAUUUAAUAUACAGACUGUGACUUCUCUGUAUGAGGCGGUGGUGCCGCCUUCGGAAAAGUGCAUCAACUACGUCAAGAGCGUGGAGGUCUCUAAAUCCGAGGAGAAGGCGUUUUCGCCGGAGCCAGAGGUGGUCAUAAACGGCAUCGUCGAGGCAGAAACUCACCUGACGCUCUUAGACGAACGAGAGGAGAGUCUGGCCGACCAGAUUACAGUGGUGGAUGAGUGCGCUCCCGAAUUGUCGCAAGUGACUUUUGAGGAUAAACGUGAGAGGGAAGUACCCGUCGAAGUUGAGCUAGUAGAGUUGACUACCAGCGUGAAUGAAAGCCUGCAAUUUCCGGAGAUCGAGGAGAUCCUGGACUCUGGAAAGACUAGCGAGAUCAGUGAGACGGAGGACGUCGUAGUGGAGCACAUCGACCUAAUACGUGAGGCAAAGGAGUUGCCUCAUUCAGAUCGCUCCAAAAUAGGCAACCGUCAGCCGGUGACGACGACGUCAACGUCGACGGUCGACGACGACGAGUCAGAGAGCAACAGUGACUACUCUGAGGGUUUCGCUGAAGAGCGGCCGACCUAUACGAAACUGGAGGAAAUCGAUUUGCUCUCGAGUAUUGGCCGGGACAUCGGCGUUGAUCUUGAGAAAUACGCUCAGCCGGUACCGGACGUGGUCGCGAUGGAAUCGAUCGAAAGUAUGCGACAACCGCGGUCCACUUCGAUCAUCAAGGAUCACAUGGAUACUAACAAGCUGUUGGAUCGCCAACUUCCGGAGGCGUCCAGCGCCGAUGCUCGGAAAAAGGAAAAGAUGGUUAAGAAUCAAGCAAAGCGCCGUCAGCAGCAACAGCAGCAACAGCAGCAGCAACAAUCGCGAAACUCUAACUCUCAGAGACGUCUCGACAAGCGCCGGGUUGACAUCGAUAAUGGAUCUGGUGGCUUCGACGUUUAUAACAUCGAGACAGCGAUGCCAAAAAUCGACCUGGAUGCGAUCGAAUCGCACCUUAGAGCUGCACGUGAGGAGGAACGUCGAGUAAAAAUAGAUAAAUCUUCGCAACCGGUCAUGAAAACUGAGGAGAAAGAAAAGAUGGGAGAGAAUUUGGAAAGGUCUGAUUACGAAAGGGAAGAUUUAAUUAUGCGAUUCGACAAAGUUAUACGAGGCGAACUUAAUGACGAUCUGCAGCGACGAAAUGAUCGUGAAGAAAUUAGAAGAAGACUCGCAAUGGGACCUGAUGCUGAAGAUUUGCGCGCCGAACGUGGACGAAAACCGAGUCUCCAAUCGCGUCUCCAGAGUGGAAUGAACCUUCAGAUCUGCUUUAUGAAUGAAACAUCGUCGGACACAGAAUCCCCGGGUUCAGAGAAUGACACAUCUCCCGGAUCUACGCCUACAUCCCUUGGCUCAAAACAAUUUGGCGGAAAGCAGAAGGGACCAACAAGACCACAAAUGUUGAGUCUGCCGUCUCUAAGACUUGAUAUGGGUGCAAACUCCACACCACCGAUUGAUGAGGCAGACUUCUUUGCGCGGCAAGCUAGAUUGCAAACUGAAGCGCGAAUGGCCCUAGCACAAGCCAAGGAAAUGGCACAUAUGCAAAUGGAAGUGGAGAGACAGAGGUUGAAACAGAGUCCCAUCACCGAGAUGGUGCGAUGUAGUUUAGAAAAAGUCGGUGUACAGUUGGGGGAGGACAGACGCAGGUUGUCCCGUGUACUUCUCACAGAGUUAAAUGUCGCGCAGCUGCAGGUAGUAGCGAAUGAUUUGCACGCGAGGAUUGCCGCAUUAAACGAAGCGCUCGUCGAAGGUCUUUUGAGGAGAGACGAUUUGCAUAUGGAGCAAGAUUCAAUGCUCGUUGAUGUGGAAGAUCUCACUCGAUACUUAGGUGCCAAACAGGAAUCGCUGAAGAAGAAACAUCAAAACAUGCAGCAGGCGGCAAGCCGGAACCAUCAGCAAUCCUCUCCAGCUCCGAUGAAGCUGUCGAUGAAACCGAAAUUGACGCAUUUGAAUCGUGGUCUAGUUGCUCUUGUAAGAAAAUAAUCCUUCGCUACGAGACUACGCAGUCUCGUCAGAAAUUAAAUUCCGAGCGUAGAGGAGCACCACGAGCUUUAGAGGUGAAAAA